ACAGGCAGCGACAAGAGCCAUCAGAGGGCGGAGAGGGGCCGGGAAAUUACACUUUUGGUGGUCUUUUAGCCAGUGGAGUCACCACGGAGCGCCAAACGAGUGCUGCUAAUCUUACUUGCUGAGCGAGUGAGCGCUGUGCCAGCGCAGAAGUGGAGUCGUUGCAUAACUGCUCGUCGCUUGCAGUGUGAGAAAGAAAAAGCUGCUGUGCUGCUGCUUUCGGCGUGGGUGCCGCUUGGCCCGGGCGGCGUUUCCCCGGACUUUAGCGUGCGGGCGCCACGCCACUGGAGCUGGUGAGUUCAGGCACCACAGGCACAAUCCCCCAUCCAGGCACCACCACACUGACCAUCCCGCACAUCCACCACCACCGCACCGUGGACGGCCCGCUCCAGCCCUGCCAUCACGGAAGACCCUGUCCUCCACAGUGGCUGUCUCUAGACUAACGUAGUGUGCUGGGCUCCUCACAAGGUUGGUGGACAGCUAGCCAAUGCAGUCAUGGAAUUUCUGAUAGACACAGCAACCCGCAUGGCCUUUUGGCCACAGACCCGGCAGAUUCAAAAGUAUCUCGACACCGCCACGUAUGAAUCAGUUACUAGUGAUCUGACCAAGCUCUUCCUCAGUCGAGCAAAUAGCAGGAAUAGGGCUGAGAUCCAAUCCAUCUUUGACAAAUUCUGCAUCAUAGACGAAAAUGAAGCCAAGUACUGGAAUAAAGACAGCUUUCAUAAUCAUGUUAGAACGUCGCAUGGCCCGGAAACAAUCUCCGAUGCUGCUGCAGAUAUUCUCUGGCGAAGUUUUUACUUUUACUCCCACCACCCUAACCCAGGUGACGCUCUCAGCGGCCGUAUCUACAUGGAAUCGUUCCAAUUGGGCAUCAUGUUAACAGUCUAUGCUCAUGAUAAAUAUCUUGGGAUGCGGGAAUUUGAUUGGCCCUGGAGGGAGGACAGGCUCUUCUUCCAACGCGCUCGCUUUGCCCGGACCUGGAGAAGCUUUGCCACACCAAAUUCAAGGACGCCGGACAGAGACUCGCCGCACAUUCUUAGCGACACAAUCGAUGUACUAUCUAUGGUGAUACCUCAGUUCAUCCACAACAUACCGCUGCCACGACAACUGGAACCUACCGCCGAACGCAUCCUAGGUAGCCGCGUGAUAGCGGACAGACAACCUUCUCAGAACGAAAUGUCUAUCUUGGUAGAUUUGCUAUCCAGAGCACACCCUAGCGUGAAAUAUGUAACUCCAGGUAUAAUCGAUUGCUCUGGGAUAGCAUUAGAAAAAUCGAUGAUACACACCGAGAUUACACAUUAUGCAAUGUAUGGGGGAGACGACCGCGAUACCCCUACCGUUUCUCAGGAUCUUAUGGUACGUGCUUAGCUUUUUGUAUGCAAAGCCCGCAC